AUGGAGUACGCGCAAGAUGACUUCUUUGACCUGACAAAGCUACAGCCUGGCCAAACCCACGCGCCAAACGGCUGGCUAUUGGAUAGCCAGCCCGAUGCGCUAAAAGGCCGUAAGUGCUUGAUCCUCGACUUGGACGAGACGUUGGUGCAUUCGUCGUUCAAGUACAUGAGACAGGCGGACUUUGUCAUCCCGGUGGACAUUGAUAACCAGAUCCACAACGUGUAUGUGAUCAAGAGACCUGGGGUUGACGAGUUCAUGAAAAGAGUUGGUGAAUUGUACGAGGUUGUGGUGUUCACAGCAUCUGUGUCACGGUACGGCGACCCGUUGUUAGAUGCGUUGGACGUUCACCAGUCAGUGCACCACCGAUUAUUCAGAGACUCGUGCUAUAACUACCAGGGGAACUAUAUCAAGAACCUAUCGCAGAUUGGCCGUCCCUUGAAGGACACCAUCAUCUUGGACAACUCCCCGGCCUCUUAUAUCUUUCACCCACAACAUGCGAUCCCCAUUUCGAGCUGGUUCUCAGAUGCUCAUGAUAAUGAGUUGUUGGAUAUAAUUCCCUUCUUGGAAGAUUUGUCAAAGGAUAACGUUGAGGAUGUUGGCAUUGUCUUAGACAUCAACAUGUGA